UGUCUUUUCGUCGUUUAGGUAGAAAUGGCACUUGCAUCUUGGUCAUCCCGCGGGGGCUGGAAGGACAACGCCCACAUUUUGAAGUUUAAGAAGAUUUGCUCUACCGGGAGAACGUACUUGCCAGUCGUCUGGGGUAACAUAAUGGACGCCGUAUAUGAUGAAAACAACAAAACAAGAAAGUUCUGCCCAUUCCCACCGGGCAAAUACGUGUUGGACAACUGUGAAGCUGAUCUGAGCAUUGCAAGAAAAGUUCCUGGCUUUUUCUACGGGAAAUGGAGACUGGACUUCAAGAUUUUGGAUCCAAAUUGGGAUUGCAUUUCGUGUAUGAGAAUCUACUUAAGUACGGUUCCUCUUACAUCUCAUGGUUCCCAGUUUGGUGCUAACACGGGAACAACAACAGAUGAAGUCAAUAAGUAGCAAAUAAAUAAAAAAAACUGGCCUGCCGGCCGGUAACGAGA